AUAUACGUUAUCACAUCAGUUGAUAAAGAAGAACACUAGAAAUUGAUUGAAAUGUUUUCGUUACAAGGAAAUGAUGAUUUAUUGUUACAAAUUCUCUCAAAUUCAUGUCAACAAAGCAAGAUCUCUCAAGAUCCGGUUAUGGAUAGUUAUGUUUCUAUGGAGACAACGCGUACUCAUAUUCCUCCAAAUAUAAAUUCCCAGAAAAAGAGAUUACCCAAAAGAAAAAUAGGUACUACAAAUAAUGAUGAUCAAACUGCUGUUUCUGAUGAUCAUUUCAAGCUUAGGAGAAUUAUACAUAGAGAUAUUGAACGUCAAAGAAGACAAGAAAUGUCUGUUCUCUACUCUUCUCUCCGUUCUCUCCUUCCUCUACAAUAUGUCAAGGGAAAACGUUCCGUAUCGGACCAUAUGCAUGAAGCUGUGAAUUAUAUAAAAGAAACGCAAGGAAAUAUCAAAGAAUUGGAGGAACGGAGAGACUUGCUUAGCAAGUCGUCUCCAUUACCCAAUUCAAUUCGACAUGGAACUGAAAAUGGUAGCAAAAAUAGCAGAUUCACAGAUUGUACUGUCACAGUGAGCCCCUGUCUGCAGGGUUUUCUACAGAUCUCAAUCAGCGUUGAUUGUAAAGGGAAAAUAUUUCCUCUUUCAAGAAUUUUGGGGGAGCUUCUGAAACAAGGGCUUAAUGUGGUUAAUUGUGUUUCUGCAAAAGUGGAUCAAAGGUCACUCUACACAAUUCAGACUGAGGCGUGUGAUAUGAACAACAUCGAUCACCUGACACUGCAACAAAAAGUGAUUGAUAUGAUCAACUUGGACUUGUAGUUCUCUGCUUACAAGUUAUAACAUACCAUACAGCUCCAUUUCUACAAGCUUUUACCAUGAUGCAGAUGGUUCAAAGUCAAGAAAAAAAAAACUUUGGGUAUAAGGAGGAUGUUUGGUUUGUAGAAAAUGCCUUGUUGCAGCUUCCACUAAUGAUCUGGUGUUGUGAUAUGUAUAUAAAGCAGUGAGGAAAAAUAAAGGAUUUUCUGCUUUUCUAUACUUCAUGAGCAGUUUUCAGAUGGUCAUUCAAUUUAUAGUUAUUAUUUCAAAAAAUUGUAAAAGUGAUUUUUUGAGAUAAUAACUAUGAAUUGAGUGAUGAUCGAAAAAUUAACUCUAUGUUUGACUUGUAAGAGAUCAGUGAUGAAUAAUUAUCGGAAAAUGGUUAUGGACAGUU